CUUCUUCUCUGGGACUCGUGAAGUGGGAAAGGGGUUCAGUUAAGGAUGUUUCUUGCACAGUUCCCUCCACUUUCACUUCCCCCCUCAGCAAACGCCAACAGUCGUCUCCUUGUUCCUUCGCCUGCCACGUGUCUUUUGCCACCGCCACGCCUCUGGUUCGAUCGGAAGUUAAACAGUGUUCUCUCUCUUCCCCGCCCAUCCACGCACUUCCACAGACAACGCAUCAGCUGCUCCUCCUCCGCCAUGCCGAUUCAGGCCACCUCGUCUUCUCAGUUGCAGGAUAGUUUGUUGUAUUCGAGAGCAUUUUGGGUUAGUAAAAAUAUAAUUGCUUGGAAUGUAGAUGUUGGGGAUGGUUCAUGCUACUUGUAUGCUAGUAAAGUUGCUUCUCUGUCUGUUACGGAUGAUGGAAUUCAAGGGGAAGAUGUGACAAUCGAGCUUGAGGAAGAGAGUAGCGGUCUACCAAUAAAUGUGAUUGAGAAGUUUCCUCAUAUUCGAGAUUAUAGACCUUUCAAAGUGCCUCUUGCUUUGGAUGCCGAAAAUCUCCUCAAAUGCCAAUUAGCAGUUGCUACUUACGACUCUGGUGGGAAAUGCAUCAAUGCUACUGGUUUGCAGUUGCCUGGUAUCCUAGAUGAGUUAUUCUCAUAUGAUGGUCCCCUUGGGGCAGUUUACUCUGAAGAAGCUGUGUCACUUUACCUUUGGGCUCCCACUGCUCAGGAAGUUCAAGCUCACAUCUAUAAAGAGCCAGUAGGUGGGAGUCCCCUGGAAACUGUCCAGCUCGUGGAGGCUGAUGGUGUUUGGUCUGUUAAAGGAUCAAAAAGUUGGGAAGACUGUUACUAUGUUUAUGAGUUAUCCAUCUAUCAUCCAAGUACAUUGCAAGUAGAAAAAUGCUAUGCAAAUGAUCCAUAUGCUAGAGGGCUUUCAUCAGAUGGCAGGCGAAGUUUGUUGAUCAAUCUUGAUGCUGAGAAUUUAAAGCCAGAAAAAUGGGAUAAAUUGGCUGAUGAGAAACCUGAUUUACUUUCUUCUUCUGACAUAAGUAUAUAUGAGUUGCAUAUAAGGGAUUUUAGUGCCAGUGACAACACUGUGCAUCCUGAUUUUCGUGGUGGCUACCUAGCGUUCACCUUGCAGGACUCAGCUGGCAUGCUGCAUCUGAAGAAAUUAUCAAAUGCUGGUCUCACUCAUGUACAUUUGCUACCAUCUUUCCAAUUUGCUGGUGUUGAUGACAAGAAGGAGAACUGGAAGUCUGUGGAUUUCAAUAUUCUGGAAAAACUACCACCGGAUUCAGCUGAGCAACAAGCACAAAUUACUGCAAUCCAAAAUGAAGAUGGGUAUAACUGGGGGUACAAUCCUGUUCUCUGGGGGGUCCCUAAAGGAAGCUAUGCAAUUAAUCCAAAUGGUCCAUGCCGUACAAUUGAGUUCAGAAAAAUGGUUCAGGGACUUAAUCGCAUUGGCCUUCGAGUUGUUCUGGAUGUCGUCUACAAUCACUUGCAAGCAAAUGGUCCCUUUGAUGAGAAUUCUGUUCUUGAUAAGAUUGUUCCAGGUUACUAUCUCAGAAGGGACACAGAUGGUUUGAUCCAAAACAGUACAUGCAUGAAUAACACUGCCAGUGAGCAUUAUAUGGUUGAUCGUCUGAUUAUUGAUGACCUCCUAAGCUGGGCAAUUAAUUAUAAGGUUGAUGGGUUCCGUUUUGACCUUAUGGGUCAUAUAAUGAAAAGUACAAUGGUUAAAGCAAAAAAUGCCCUUUAUAACCUAACAAAGGAAAGGGAUGGAGUUGAUGGUUCAAAAAUAUAUAUAUAUGGUGAAGGAUGGGACUUUGGUGAAGUGGCUAAUAAUGGACGUGGAAUAAAUGCUUCACAGUUAAAUCUUUAUGGGACUAGAAUAGGAAGUUUUAAUGAUCGGAUUCGAGAUGCUAUGCUUGGUGGAUCCCCAUUUGGUGACCCUCUUCAGCAAGGAUUCAUUACUGGCCUAUUAUUGCAGCCUAACAAUCAUGACCACGGUACAAAAGCUGAUGAAGAACUCAUGUUUGCUUCAGCAAUGGAUCACAUUCAGCUUGGAUUAGCUGCAAACUUGAGGGACUUUGUACUAACUGAUUCUCAAGGAAAAGAGGCAAAAGGAUCCGAAGUUUUAACUUAUGGUGGAACACCCGUUUCAUAUGCUUCAUGUCCUACAGAAACUAUCAAUUAUGUUUCUGCUCAUGACAAUGAAACCCUUUUCGACAUUGUGAGUUUGAAGACUCCAAUGGGAAUCUCUGUAGACGAGAGAUGCAGGAUAAACCAUUUAGCAACAAGUAUAAUAGCACUGUCACAGGGAAUACCAUUUUUCCACUGUGGCGAUGAAAUGCUGCGCUCAAAGUCACUUGAUCGGGAUUCAUACAACUCUGGUGAUUGGUUUAAUAGAUUAGAUUUCAUUUACAAUUCUAACAACUGGGGUGUUGGCCUUCCUCCAAAAGAGAAAAAUGAGAAGAACUGGCCACUGAUACAACCAAGACUGGCAGAUCCAUCGUUCAAGCCUCAGAAGAGUCACAUCCUUGCAGCUGUAGAGAACUUUGUAAAUGUCUUAUGUAUACGGUAUUCCUCACCGCUUUUCCGUCUAAGGACAGCAAAUGCUAUCCAGGAACGGGUACGAUUCCACAACACUGGUCCAUCAUUGAUACCUGGUGUCAUGGUGAUGAGUAUUGAAGAUGGUCAUGAAGGUUUUCCAGGGUUAUCUCAACUUGAUCCUACCUACUCUUACGUGGUGGUUAUCUUCAAUGCAAGUCCAUCUGAGGUGUCGUUCAGUAGCCUUGCACUGCGGGCAAGGACUCUUCAACUGCAUCCUGUACAGGUGAUGUCAAAUGAUGAAGUAGUGAAAAAGUCAUCCUAUGAAGCUUCAACCGGGUGCUUCACUGUGCCCUCAAGGACAACAUCUGUGUUUGUUGAGCCUCGUAAAGUUUGAGCAGGUUGAAUCCUGAUUGUUCCUUUUCUGUUUAAGUAGUUCAGUGCUAUAAUAUGCCAGUAUUCCCUCUAAACCAUCAGGCCAGAGGCACAGCACUAGUUCUUCUUUCUACAGAGAAUUUUAACCAAGAUAUCGCUUGAAAGUCUGUAAACAUGGUUUUAUCCGCUACUGUUCUUAAGGAGACAUAAAGCAAAUGUUCUCUUUUAUGAUAAUAAUAAGCGGAUGGAUGAAUAAAGUUCCAGCACCGUU